AUGAGUGAAAAGGAAACAAAAGAUGAUAAACCUAAAGAAUUUGAACAGCAAGUUUUGCAACGAGUGGAGGCUAAAUAUCAUGAUGAAUUGCAAAAUUUGAUGGAGACUUGUUUUAAUAAAUUGGAUAUGAAGGAGAAAGGCAAGGAAAAAAAGAAAAUAAUUCUUUCCCAAUCAAAACCUUCAAACAACGGAUGGCCUCAAAUUCUUCAAUUUCAACUAAAUUUUAAUUUUUUCCCUCCAAAAACUUUAACAGAAAUUCAAUUAAAAGAACAAUUAAAUUUAUUAUUUAAAUGUCUUUGUGAAGUUAAAAAACAAGAAGAAAAUUGCCUGAAAGAAGAAAAAUCUGUUAAGGAUGGACAUUUGAUCCCAAAAUUGGAUGGAAUUCAAAUUACUUGUUUAUCUCAACUUGUGGUUCAAUAUAUGUGGGAAAUUUAUAGAAGAGAAGGCCAUCAAUUAGAGACUUUGUUGCCAAUUAUUGCAUUUCUAGAGUGGGCAAAGGAUUUUCAUUCGGACUGUACAGCUUCAAUACAAAUUAUGCUUUGUAGACUUUAUGGUAUUUUUGGUUGUGUUGAAAGAAUAAAAGAAAUGGAGAAACAAAUUCAAUUAAAAUUUAUUCAAAAAGACAGUUUGGCAUUUCUUCGGUUUUUUGUACCUUAUCAUUUUGGACGAUUUAAGGAGGCUAAUAUUUACUAUACAGAUUUGGGCGUUAUGUUUGAUAUGAAUGAAAGAGAGACAAAUGAAUGCCUUGUAAAUGCUUACAAAAACAAUUCUUUUGCCCAAAUUCAAAAUUUAAUUGAAUUUUCUGAAAAAGCAAAUAAUUCUAUUUUUUCUAUUGGAGCCGAUAUUUUAAAUCGAAUUUUGACUGUUUGUUUUACUCCUUUGGAAGAAAAAAGUGGAGGAGGGGAAAAAUUGGCUUCGAUUUUAAUUGGCGAUGAAAAGAGUCAUCCUAUAGAUUGGGACAAAUUGUCAGACAACAGAGAUUUUAGUGUAUUUCCAACAAUAAUAUCUGAUAAAUUAAUUAAACAAUUGGCUGAAUAUUCAUUUACUCAAAUGAAAAAUUAUUUUUAUUUAAAAAAUGCAAUUAUAACGGCGAUUGGAAAUAUUGGAAAUAUUUUGUUGGAAGAUAAAAUUGCAAAAUUAGAAUUGGCAAUGGUUGAAUGUAAUUCUGUUUUGCAUAAUAAAGAAAAAGAUUUUGAGAAUGAAGAAAUAUUUGAGAAUUAUAUAAACACAAAAUUAUUAAAUAAAUUAAUUAAAACAACUAAAUUAUUUAAUUUACCUCAAUUAUUAUUAAAUAUUUCUUUGGAUAUACAAAAACAAUUUAAUAAAAGAGAAGAAAAAAAUUUAAUUUUAAAAUUAAAUUUAAAUGAAGAAAAAGGAGAAGAAAUUAAUUUUACAAAUUGUUUAAAUUUUUUGGAAAAAUUUUGGAAAAAUGAAGAAGAAAAAGGAGUGGAAAAUAAUAAUUGGAAGAAUAAAAUUGAAAUUAUACAAAAUUUGGCUAUUGUUAUUGAAAUAUUGGGGUUGAGUUUAGUUGCCUGUAAAUUGUUGGAAAAUACUUGUGAUUGUGAGGAGUUUUUUUUAUUUAAUUUUGUCUGGUGUUGAAUUAGAUGUUUAUAUUUGAAAUUAGGAUUUGUUUCUAA